AUGACACGAGAUAUACUUAUCGUUGGCGCCACAGGUCAACAAGGCAAAGCCACCAUCGAUGCUAUAUUCAAGGCUCAUAAACAAUGCGACAUCCGCAUCCUAGCUUUAACAAGAUCAACCACAUCUCCCAAAUCUCAAGCUCUUUCAUCUCAAUACCCCGAGAUAAUACUCGUUGAAGGGAAUACUCAAACUCCAAAACCCAUCUUUGAACAAUACCCUGAAAUUGCUUCAGUCUUCAUUGUCACAGUCCCGCCCGACGAUGAAGUCCAGGCCAUUCCUCUCAUCGAAGAAGCUACAUCCAAGACAUCAAAUGCAGACCACAUUGUCUUCUCAAGCGUUGAUAGAGGGGGCAAUAAAGCCAGUUGGUCUACACCAACCGAGAUUCCUCACUUUGCCGCCAAACAUCGGAUUGAACAUAGACUGCGCGAGCUAUGCGAAGAAAGCGGGAAGAGAUGGACUAUUCUCAGACCAACUGGUUUCAUGGAUAGUUACAACCCUGGUUUCUUCGGCAAAAUGAUGGCUUCGCUUUGGGCGGAGGGUAUGCCUCGAGACCGCAAGAUGCAAUUAAUUAGCACACAUGACAUCGGCGUAUUUGCAGCGAAGGCAUUAGUCAAUCCUGAGGGUUGGGCUGGAAAGGCUGUUGCUUUGGCAGGUGAUGACUUGAGCUUUUCGGAGCUUGAACGAAUUUUCAAGGAGGUUGUUGGGGAAGAACUCCCACAAACGUAUAGGGCUGUGUCUUGGCCUAUUUUAUGGACUGUCAAGGAUGCCUCUAAGAGUUUUGAGUGGUUCAAGACGGAAGGGUGGAAGGCUGAUAUUGAUGGGCUGCGACGAGAGGAGCCUGGCUUACAGGAUUUCGCUGCUUGGUUAAGGGAGUCUAGCAAAUGGCAAGUGAAGGGCAAUAUGUGA